AUGAGUACUUAUGAAAAGAAUUUUUAUUACGAUUGCCUUUACUAUCGUGAUUUGGGUGUUCUUCUUCCAUCGAGUAGACAAUCACAAUAUGCUUUUGAGAUGAUUCUCUAUUGUAUUCGACCAUCGCAACUUGAAUUGACUGAUGCCAAAUUUGAUAGAGUGGUAGAAGGAAAUCUAAUUAGUUUCGAAGAACUGCAUACAAAUAAGAUCACAAGCGAGCAAUUAUUUGCUUGGCCUGCAUCGAUAGACAUUGUUGAACAGUAUGAAGCAGAACGAUUUGGCAAUAUAAGUUAUUCAUGUUACACACAUCUUGAAUGUGAUCGUGGGCCUGUACCGAUGUGCCUUGAUUGGCGAGAAGUAUGUGACAAUCAUAUUGAUUGCUGGGAUGGUGGUCGAGAUGAGGAAAAUUGCUUUCUACUCGAACUGAACGAAUGUGCCGAGGAUGAAUUCCAUUGCAAAGGUGGCAUGUGUAUUCCAGAAUCGUUGUUACAUGACGACGCAUUUCAUCCAGAUUGUCUAGAGGGAACCGAUGAAAAUAGUGCCUUGUGGAACCCAGGCGAAUGCUAUCAAGAUCCAUCAUUCCAUGAAAUUUGCAAUAACCGACGCGACACGAAAUUCUCACAAUUCGUUUGGUCUUAUACAAAUCACAACAUAUCGCUGUCUGUCGUUUGUUGGUCCGCUAUGAUCUGUUUAUACAAUUUGAAUGGUAUUGAUGGUGUCGAUUGUGAUGACUAUUGUGAUUUUGACAUUUGCCUUGAUAUUGCUAGAGAUGAAUGCCCAGCACUAUUCUUCUUUCCUAACUAUCACAUUUUCUGUCAUAUCCGUUUCCUAUAUUCAUCAAUGAUCAAUAUUCUCAUUUCCAUAUCAAUACCUGAUUACAUAUGUUACGACCAUGAAUUAUGUAGUUUUCUCAAACCGACGAUAUUCUUGAUGAAUUCUACAUGUCGACCAUUUAAAGCCUUUGGUUUUAAUGAAACUGUUGUACUUGAAUGGGAAUCACUUUUGGAGGCUCUUCACAUUGUCUUCCGUGACUAUUCUCAGACAAAAUUAUUUAACAAUCAAGGAGUUUGCAAAACAGAAAACGUAUUUCAUUGUCCUAAUACAUUGAAAUGUAUCACAAAAUAUCAACUCAUCGAUGGUUUCAAUGAUUGCUACGCAGGAAUUGAUGAGAUGAUUGAUUAUAUAGUUAUAGCCUUCAAUAAAAACCUAGAUAAUUAUCGAACAACAUUAUUCGACUAUGAAAUGGAUUUAAGCGUCUUUCAAACGUCAAAGAAAAAGAUAAACCAACGUGAAACUAUCAAAGAAAUAACCAAUCUUAAUAUUUCUCCAGCAUGGUUUUGUAAUAAUCGUGGGAUUCCAAUUUAUAAUCAUGUGCGUCACGAAUAUCAUUGUCUUUGCCCUCCGAGUCAUUACGGCAAUCGCUGUCAAUAUCAAAAUCAGCGUAUCAGCCUUACCAUUCGAUUUGAUAAAGAAAAUGCUCCGCAUCUUUGGCAUUCACUUCUCUAUUUUUCAAUCAUGUUAAUAGAUCAUCGUCAUCAUCACCAUCAUUGA